GAUUCGAGUUGUGCGAUGCAAUUAUUUAGAAAAGCAAUAAAUUAUCAGCUGUUAUUUACAGCCGGGGAUAGAAUAAGAUAUGUGACGUUCACAAUGAAUAUCUGCAACACGUAAAGAAGAAAAUGUAAAUGUUCAAUAGAAGUCACAUUGUGGGAACCCAAAGAUGAUAGUAUUCUAUCAUUCUUGUGGUAACCGAGGUUUCGGAGUUAAUAUUAAAGCAAAAAAUAUUAUUCUUAAAUACGAAAUUGUAAUAUUUUGAAUAUUGCUUUUUCAUGUUUUUCAAUCUCUCUAUAAAUUUUGAAUGGGAUAUACCUUUUACGUAAACCAUCGUGAAUCGCUUUAUAUAUAUUUAUUUACACUAGUGUCGUGAUUUUCGCUAAAAGUAUUUUAAUACGGUUUGAACUUGACAAAUUAUAAUCGAACAAAAUGACUGCAGAAGUAGUCGAAUCUCAUGCUUCUGAUAUCGACAGCAAAACUCCUAUUGCAUCCAACAGAAAUGAUAUAAAUGCAGGUACUCGUAUACGUUCACCUGAUCAACAAAGACAAAUUGAUGAAAUAUGUAAUUUUCUCAGUUUCAAUGAACAAAUUAUCUUUAAAUCGCAACAAAUUGAUGAUCCGGAACUAUUACGCGAUGAAAAAGUGAAAAUUGCGUGCGAAAUAUACAAAAAAAGUGCACAAACGUUUCUAAUGCGUUUCGGCAGUUAUUUAGAAGAACAGCAUCUCGCUACAUUUGCCCAGAUUGCUAUUGCCAACAAAGAAACCAAUGAUGAAAUUGAGGUGCUUCUUGCGGAUUAUCGCAAUAAGUUACAUACUCGCAAGCGGGACAUAAAGAACCGCCGUUACGCGGCUAUGCAGCAACUAAUUUCGGAUGGUGAAUAUUUCAGUGAGCAAGAAAUGAUGAAACGCGCUCCGGAACUAUAUCAAGAGCUGAUUGGACAAUAUUUAAGCGCCGCAGAAAAAAAGCAUAGAGACGAAUAUGACGUGAAAAACACAACCUUCUCGGGCAUAUUGAUGCAUACUAUGGAACAACAGCAAAUGCAAGAUGUUCUCAAGUUAGCGGACCAGCAAAAUUUCAAAAGCAGGCAGUUGGAGCGUGCAAUUGAAUUGUACGACAUUAGUGGAGAUGAAACAACACAAAGUAUAAAUAGUAGUGCAGACGAAACAAUCGAAGGAAAAGAAUGUAACACCAUGGAUGAUGAAAUACCCAUAAGUUUCCGUCAACAAUGGGGUAAUUUCGAUAAUGAACAAGUGGCUUGUUCAACCAGUACAAAUAGCCAUCAAGCAAAGAAGAAUAAAAGGGAAAAACACAGUCAAAAGCCAAUAGCAAAACUGAAUAUAGAACAAAGAGCAGAUACUUUUAUAACAGCAGGCGAACGAGAUCUUCUACGUCAGGAAUUUCUUGGUAUUAUGCAUGAACAAUUUCUCAGCGGUGGUGAUGAAGACUUCGAUUACACUCAGGUGGAUGAUAAUACGCAAUUAGAUGAUCUCACCCAAAUAAAUCAAGACAAAGAAGAUGCUUAUUUCGAAGAGAGCGACUAUUCGGAUGAAGAAGACAAUGACAUUAGAAUAGAAGCAAAGGAAUAUCUGGACGACGAAGAAUCAGAGGAUGACCUUGAUGUAUUCAUGAAUCAUUUGAACAAACACCAUAGUUUACAAAAAUAGAUUUACGACUUGUUAUCAUUGCAAAUAUAAAUUAUUAAAUCACCAGUGCACUCAUUUAAAAAA